CAAUUAAUAAUUCUGUACUGCAUAUCGCCUAGCUAAGCUACAAACACAGUUGGCUGCCUACAUUAAUUCCCUAGUAGGAUUCUUGGAGCUAGAUCAUGUGUCGUUGCAUAAACCAUUUCUUGUGCAAUCUACUUUGAAAUCUUUCCUCUGCAUGUGAGCCAAUCAUUAAUUAUCCCAAACAACAAGAGCAUUUCUCCUCCUCCUCCUCCUCCUCCUCCUCCUCCUCCUUCUUCUUCUCCUUCUUCAUUUCACUCUGUGCGUUUCUUUUCUCGAAUGAAAUGAUGCCUCUUGAGCCAGAAAUUAGUGGAGGUGCAGCUACUGCUCUAGUCUGCAAUGGAACCAAUAAUAUUUCUGUGCACGUUGAGCCAUCUGGUUCAACCAGCAAUGUAAGCCCAUGUUCAGAUGAUCAAAUACCAGAACAAAAUCAUGCUACUACAGUUAGAUUUUCUGUUCUACGUGAAUCCUUACGGCCCAUCACCCUUAAGUUUGAAGAAGUGUCAUACACCAUUGAGUCACGAAAUAAUGGAGGACAUUGCUUUCCUUCACUUCAAUCCAAGGUCAAACGUAAUAUACUCAAUGGUGUUAGUGGUGUUGUUCGACCUGGCGAACUUCUGUCCAUGCUCGGCCCGUCAGGGAGUGGCAAAACCACUCUUCUAACAGCCCUAGCAGGCCGGUUACCGGGAAAUAUCUCCGGUUCGAUUACAUACAAUGGACUCCCUUUUUCGAGCUCGAUUAAGAGAAAAACCGGGUUCGUUACACAGGAUGAUAUCCUUUAUCCCCACCUGACGGUUUUUGAAACCCUAAAGUAUGCUGCUUUGUUGAGGCUACCAAAUAAGCUCACUAGAAAAGAGAAAAUUGAACAUGUUGAAUUUAUUAUCAUGGAACUACGAUUGACAACUUGUCGAAAUAGUAUGAUUGGUGGGACUCAAUUUAGGGGAAUAUCAGGGGGGGAGAGAAAAAGGGUUAGUAUUGGGCAAGAAAUGCUAGUGAAUCCAAGCCUUUUGUUAUUGGAUGAGCCCACCUCCGGGCUGGACUCCACCGCAGCUCGACGAAUUGUAGCCACACUCAGGCGGCUGGCAUGCGGUGGCCGGACAGUCAUCACAACCAUUCAUCAGCCUUCUUGUAGUUUGUACAUGAUGUUUGAUAAGGUGAUAGUGUUAUCAGAAGGGUAUCCAAUUUACAGUGGCAGUAUCCAUAAAGUGAUGGACUAUUUUUCCUCAAUUGGGUACAAGCCCUGGUUUGAUUUCAUGAAUCCUGCUGAUUUUCUUCUGGAUCUUGCUAAUGGUGUCAAUCUUGAGACAAGGCAGGAUAAUCAAAUGGAGUUUCAUGGAAGCCAUGAUGAGCAUAAUUCAACAAAACAAUUCCUUAUAUCAUCUUACGAAAAGAACCUGCUUCCAAUUCUUAAAGAAGAAAUUCAAAGAGCUUCUCAAGAUGAAAUUCGUCCUGGAAAAUCAUUGUCAUCAAGAAGUUCUGAAAGUCAAUGGACAAACAGUUGGUGGUUGCAAUUCAAUGUGUUAUUAAGCAGAGGACUAAAGGAAAGAAAACAUGAGUCAUUUGCACGCCUAAGAAUUUUCCAAGUGCUGUCUGUCUCAAUUAUUUCUGGACUUUUAUGGUGGCAUUCAGAUACUAAUUAUAUACAGGAUCAGGUGGGAUUGCUUUUUUUCUUUUCAAUAUUCUGGGGCUUCUUCCCUCUCUUCAAUGCUGUUUUCACCUUCCCACAAGAAAGGCCAAUGCUCACAAGAGAACUCUCCUCGGGCAUGUACCGUCUCUCAUCAUAUUACUUUGCAAGAAUCGCAGGCGACUUACCGAUGGAGCUUGUACUCCCUACCAUAUUCAUUACAAUCACAUACUGGAUGAGCGGCCUCAAACCAUCGUUUAUAACUUUCCUGCUAACCCUUUCCAUGAUUCUCUUCAACGUUCUAGUUUCUCAGGGCCUCGGCCUUGCCCUUGGUGCAGUUUUAAUGGACCUAAAGCAGGCGACAACCUUGUCUUCUGUAAUGAUUCUAGUGUUUUUACUUGCCAGUGGAUAUUACAUUCAAAAUAUGCCACCUUUCAUUAACUGGUUAAAAUAUUUUUCUUUUUGCCAUUACUGUUAUAAGUUUCUUGUAGUUGUGCAGUACUCCAAGAAUGAGGUUUAUGAAUGUGGCUUGGGAGGCAAAGAGUGCAGGGUUCAAGAUUUUCCAGCCAUAAAGAAUCUUGGUAUUGAUAAUAUGGUGUUGGAUAUGGCUGCUUUGAUUGUAAUGUUGGUGGGGUAUAGGGUUUUGGCUUAUGUAGCUUUAAGGUUAGGGCAAACUCACUGACUGAAAUUGAAGUUAAAAGGGUCAGAUCUUGAUCUUGUAAUUAAUUAUUUUGCCUCGAGAAAUUGAUUAAUUUGUUGCUACUUAAAAAUAA